ACCGCCCGUCGCGGGUUUUCUUUUGUUUUUCCACGAUUGAUCUUUCUCCAUUAAAAUCAAUUAGUGAAAUUCAGAACGGCCACCAUGGAGAUCCCGGAGGUAGAUCUCAAAGAGAUGGGCUCCUUGAUCCAAUCCCGUGUGGUCCUGGAGGUGUCCAAUCAGGUCCAGUCGCUCCUGGAUUCCCUGGAGGCCACCACACUAGAGAUUGCCGUGACGGGCGAAUCGGGCUCAGGCAAGUCCACUUUCAUCAACGCUUUGCUUGGGCUUCAUGACGGUGACCACCGUGCUGCCGUUACUGGUGUGAUUGAGACCACAGCCUGGCCCUCGCCUUACCAGCACCCUCGGUUGCCCAGGGUCCGCCUCUGGGACCUGCCAGGCACCGGCACCCCGUGCUUCCAAGCCGAGAGGUACCUGAAGCAAGUGGGAUUCGAGAGGUACGACUUCUUCAUCAUUGUGGCAUCUGAGCGGUUCCGGCAGAACCACGCUGAGCUGGCCCGUGCUAUCGGUGCCAUGGGCAAGCGCUUCUACUUUGUCCGCUCCAAGGUGGACCAGGACCUGCGGGCUUCGCAGAAGCGAAGGCCAGCGUGUUUCCAGGAGGCUCGGGUGCUGCGGGAGAUAGAGGCAGAUUGCAUCCGCCAUCUGAAGCAGGAAGGCCUGGAUUCCCCCAAGGUCUUUCUGGUUUCCAGCUUUGAGUUGCACAGGUUUGAUUUCCAGCGCUUGCAGGACACUCUGGCGGAAGAGUUGGAAGGCCACAAGCGCCAUGCCCUGCUGCUUUCUUUCCCCUCCGUCACAGCAGCAGCUGUGCAGAAAAAGAAGGAGGCAUUGCGCAGGCACAUUUGGAAGAAGGCCUUGCUGGCGUGUGUGGUCUCCGCCAUGCCUGGCCGCUCUCUCCACAUCAACAUCCCCAUGAUCAUGAAGACGCUACACUCCUAUCGCCAGAAUUUCGGCCUGGAUGAGGACUCCCUCGGGGCCUUGGCCGUCAUGUGCUCAAAGACCCAGUGUAUUCUGAAAACUCAGGUGUGUUCAGCAUUAGGCAAGGAUCUCUCAGAGAAUGCUGUUCAGACCAUCCUGAGCCAAGCAGCCCUAGGUGGGCAGGUGGCUGCCCGAGUGUUGAAGAACAGGUUGCCCUUUUUUGACAGCAUCGUAGCCGGAGGCAUCUCUUUUGUAGCAACCUAUUACCUGCUGCAUACUGCCCUGGACAGUUUUGCGCUAGAUGCCCAGAGAGUCCUAGAAAGAGCGUAUGGGUUGGAAGGUGAGGCCCGGGACUCCGUCUGCUGCCCUCCCAAACCUGGAUUCAUCUAUGACUGAGGAGCAACCAAGAAUGCACCCCAGGGAGCUUGGGGCCGAUGGGCAGAAGCUCUUCUUUUAUUGUCAUGCCUGCACUUUCUGUCUGCUUUGGCUGAGCUGUUCAACCCACUCUAGUCCUUUCCUGUUCUUGGACCCCAACCCCCACCUUUCCAGCCAGGGUCGCUAAGGGGGCUUUCAGUCCGGCCCACCUGGAGGAAAGCAGGUUGGGAAGGGCUUCCCUAAAAAGUCUCUGUGUGCACCUCAGGGGAACAGUUGCACCAGUGCCCAUUUCCUAUGGAGGUUCUUCCUGCAUUCAGUCCCCCUGGCCACCUCUUUUUGCAUCCACACCAGGAAAGGCACAGGUGGGGGCAAGGCCAUCAGGAGGGCCGGCGCCAGGACUGUGGCGGCUGGCUUAGUCUGAGUGGAGCCGAAAAGAGGAGGAGGUCUCUAAGCUGGCAAGCAGCGUCUCUUGUUCACAGGGCCUGAUGUGUUGCUGUGCAGGUGUGGCUUCAAAUCCACCUGCUCAGGUUGAUAACUUCUCUGUACCUCUUUGCUUAAUCUCAGCAGAGGCCGGAUUAUACAUCCUGGAUCGUAUUCCGUUAGAGACUUAUUUUCAUAAAUAGAAAUAGAAGUUCAUGUGAGCAGCAGUAUUGCUAUGGCUAUUUCCAGAGGAUCGAAUAACACCUUCAGGGGGCAUUCUCAGCACACCUGAUUCAUGGAUGCAGGCACUGAGCUCUUCCUUUGAUACAGAUGCAGUAAUGUCCUUCUUGUGCAAAUGCAAAACCGACGGGCUUUUUUGUCUUCCUGUGCCAGCACUUAGAAGGUAUUGAGCAGCAUUUUUAAAAGAGUAAUCUAGAUUUGCUAACUAAUAUACUCAGAAAUAAUUUAUGGUGCUCCUAAUUUGACUUGCCAUAUAUAUAUAUAUUUCCAAAUAUGCCACAUGUAUUUCCAAAUUAAUAGAUGCUUUAUUCAAUAAAAGGCUUAAUCUUCUA